UGGUAGAAGUGGUGACCAGACAAAAUGGUAAAGGCUUCUAUUCCAGCUCAAGUUAGACAGGCGCUUAAUCGUUCUGUUUGGUUUGAUUUUAGUGCUCAAAGAUCUCAAAAUUUGGGCAUUACAUCUCAAGCACUCAGGCAGCAAAUAUUAUAUGGUGUGCCAGAAAAAAUAGGUCCUUUGAGUUUGAGGAGAAGGUGUAAUAGAAUAAAAUACUCUUCACCCAUUGGUUUAGAUGAUGUCUUUCCAUUAGCUUACAAUUAUUUGCAAGAAGAAGCUGCAAAAUGCUACGAGAAAGCUGAAUCAACCAAAAAUAAAGAAAUUAGAGACAAGUUACUAAUUGACGCUGAAAAGAAUAAUCCUGAAGUGUUGUAUAAAUCUCUUUAUACUAAUCUGGAUAAAUUUGAUUAUGAUAUUCCAGUUUUUAGACACUAUUCAAAACAAAAGUGGUUUGAACAUGAUGGAAUGAUAUUAAUGCAAAGAUUGGAGACGCUACAUGUCAUUCCUGAUACUUUAAAGACAUUGGAUCCUAAAUGUGAAGUUCAUUUAAGAUUUUUUAAUGAAACAGGUAUAAAUAAAAAAAUUGAACCUGGAGAAAUUCUAUCAUCUCAUGUUACUUAUAAGCAGCCUACAUUAAAUGUGAUAAAUUUUGAAAGUAUUCCAGAAAAUUCGUUAUAUUCUGUUUUAAUCGUUAAUCCUGACGUGCCAGAUUUAGAGUAUAAUACAUACAAGACCUCGUUAAAUUGGUGUUUAGUUAAUAUUCCAUUGUCUAAUAACGAUAACAUAAUAGAUUACAAGAAAAUCAAUGAAGAAACCGAGAUGAUUGAUUAUUUGCCUGCAACACCAGAAAAGAAUAUUCCAUUGAGCAGAUUAUGCGUAUGGGUUUUCAAACAAAAUGAAAAUAAAAAAUUGGAUACGGAAAGUGUUAAGCUGAUGAUAACAAGAGAUGAGUUUGAUAUUAGGGAAUUUGUUGAAUCAAAUGGAUUGACUGCCGUAGGUGCUCAUGUUUGGAGAAGCAAAUGGGAUAGAAAUGUUCCAAAUGUUAGAAAAAUUUAUAACUUACCAAAAGGAAAUGUAUUCCAUAGAGUCCGCAAAUGAUUUUAAAAUCUAGAUUGAUUAAAGAGUUUAUAAAUAGUGUAUAUAGUUAAUUUUAAUUAUUACAAUUUCAAAAACAAAUAAAAUUUUCUCAAUAUGAAGAAGAAAAAAAGCAUUGAUAUUAUUAAAUAUGUAUAAAAUAAACUGGG